AUGGCCUACAGCUGCUGCUCUGGAAACUUCUCUACCUCCUGUAGGUGCAGCCUGCCCACUUCAGGUUCAUCCUGUCCCUCUCCUUGGCCCAGCAACCUGGUCUACAGUACCACCCGCUGCUCGUCCAGCACCUGCCAGCUGCACAGUGACUGUCAGGAGACCUGCACUGAACCCACCAGCUGCCAGAGGUCCUGCGUGGUGUCCAGACCCUGCCAGGUGGAAUCCUCUCUGAACACCGGCUGUCAGGAGACCUGCAUUGAGCCCACCAGCUGUCAGAGGUCCUGCGUGGUGUCCAGACCCUGCCAGGUGGAAUCCUCUGUGAACACCAGCUGUCAGGAGACCUGCAUUGAGCCCACCAGCUGCCAGAGGUCCUGCGUGGUCUCCAGGCCCUGCCAGACAGCCUGCUACUACCCGAGGAGCUCCACACCCUGCAGUCCCUGUGAGGGGACAUAUGCUGGGUCUCUGAGUUGUGGGUCCAGCAACUUCCAUCCUUUAGAAACUAGAAGCUUCUUCUCAGGGGACUGUGGACCAAGGGGCUUCAGAUCUCUGAAUUAUGAAAUCCCUCUAUUUCCUUUCUUGAAUGAUGUGUCCACAUCCUGUUACCCAACUUACUUGCUUUUUAAUACUUACCAGCCUUCAUUUUGUGUUCCAACAUGUGGGCCACGUCUCUCUGGAAUCAGCUGUUAG